AUGGUAGGGACAAACAAUAACCAUGCGGCAUAUCGCCAGCGGUGUUCGGUGUUGAGGAGAGCGGAAUUGGAUUUAUCAGCAGCGCAACGAUCCUUUCGCCUGGGCAUCUUGGCAACAAUAGACAACGAGGAGAACUUCGGCCUCAUUCGCCAAAGUGCCGGCCAGGCGAUAGUGCAACGAAUCCCAAUACCGGAGCUACGAGACGGCUACAUCCUGGUUCGAACAGUCGCCAUUGCUCUCAACCCCACUGAUCACACAAGUCUGGAUACUGCCGGUGCUCCGGGUACCCUCGUAGGUUGCGACUACGCUGGAGUCGUUGUGAAAGUCGGCAAAGGCGUGACAAGAUCUUUCCAGCCUGGCGAUCGAAUAGCUGGUUUCGCUCAUGGCGCGAAUGACGCCUAUCCAGAGGGAGGGGCAUUCGCUCGAUACAUUGUUGUCAAAGGUGAUUUACAACUUCACAUCUCCGAUAAUGUCGACUUUGAAGCAGCGGCCUCAACCGGCGUCGCGAUUGGGACGAGUAUGUAUGCUUUGCACAAGAGCUUGAGCUUGCCACUUCCUGGUUCGUCUUCUUUGGCCAAUGGAGAGCCUCUUCUGGUCUAUGGCGGUAGCACUUCGACAGGAUCUAUCGCGGUCCAGCUUGCAGCUCAGCUUGGCUACUCGGUCAUCACGACCUGCUCUCCAAAACACUUCGACUUGUUGCGAGAGCGUGGAGCGAAGCUCCUAUACGACUAUCGAGCUCCAUCGGUAGGCGAAAGUAUCCGUACUGCUACCAAGAACAAACUGAAGUUAGUAUUCGACACUGUCUCGAUUGAAAGCUCAGCAGCCAUCUGUGCGCAGGCGUUCGGGAGCGAAGGAGGCAUCUAUUGCAAUUUGCUGGAUACCGUGUGUUCACGGGACCACGUCAACUCCGUGUCAUUCCUAGGUUACUCCAUCACCGGCGAGAAGUAUGUCUACGAAGGAGAAAAAAUUACAGCACAGCCCGAAGACUUUACCCUUGGCAGACAGUACAUGGACAUCGCAGAGAAGUUGUGGGCGAAAGGCCAGCUCAAGAUGCAUCCUCAACGGGUCGGCAGCAAAGGGCUGUAUAGGACCUUGGAAGGCAUGCAGGAAAUGCGUGACGGCAAAGUGAGUGGUGAAAAGUUGGUUGAUCGCAUUGAAGACACACCAUGGCCGGAGGCAAACCCUUCGUCAGACUGA